AUGGCGGCGGCGACAGCCUCGGCGGCGGCGGGGCCGGCGGUGGCAGCUCCGGCGGCGGCGGGUGCGGAGCCCACUCGUGACUCGACGGAAGGAGAGGCGGAGAAGGGCGAGAAGGCGGAGACGGCGGAGAAGGCGGAGAAGGGCGAGAAGGCAAAGCCGGCGGAGAAGGGCGAGAAGGCGGAGAAGGCGGAGAAGGCGGAGAAGGCGGAUGCCGCCGGCAAGGCAGGCGCUGCUGCCGCGGCAGCUGCAGCAUCGGUCGGGUCGACCACAAAGAGUGCAGCGGGCGGGGAGGAGGAGGAGGCGCGGGGGGCGGCGGCGGCGAGGAGUCUGCAGGCGGCGGUGGAGAGGGCGUGCGCUGACUUGGCCGCGAUGACGGCGGCGGCGCGGGGCGAGGUCCGCGCGCUUGUAGCGGAGGCCUCCGCGGGGAUGGCGGCGGAGAAGGAGGGGGCGGAGGCGGCGCAGAGAGACGCUGCCGCCGCCGCCGGUGCCGCCGCGGCAGAGGCGGCAAGGGAGGCGGCGAGGGAGGCGGGGAGGGAGGCGGCGGCGGAGGCGGCGGCGGAGGGGCGGGAGGAGGCGCGGAGGCAGAGGGAGGAGGGGCGGGAGGAGGGGCGGGAGGCGGCCGCGGCGGCGGUGGCGGGCGCGGUGGCGGGCGCAGUGGCGGAGGUGGUGGCGGAGGCGCGGCGGGCGAUGGCAGAGGCGACGGCGGCGGCGGUGGCGGAGGCGAGGGAGCGGGCGGCGGUCGAGGUGCAGACAGCGGUGGAGAAGGCGGUGAAGCAGGCGCGGGCCGAAGCGUCGCUAGCGGUGGAAGAGGAGAGGGCGGCGGAGGCGGCGAGGGCGGCGCAGCUUGCGGCCGAGCUGGCUAAGGUGGCGGAGGCGACGGCGCUGGCGGCGGAGGCGGAGGCUGGCGCGAGACCUCCCGCCGCUGUGCAGCGCGUCUCCACCGCGGCGUGGACGGAGGAGGGGGAGGCGUACUACUACAACGAGGCCGCCGGAGAUGCGGGCGGGGGGGCGUGUGUGAAGGAGCCGGCCACGGGGGAGACGUCAUGGGACCCGCCGCCAAGCGAGGGGUACCCUGCUGAGGAGGGGUACCCUGCUGAGGAGGGGUACGCUGGUGGGGAGGGGUACGCUGGUGGGGAGGGGUACGCUGGUGGGGAGGGGUACGCUGGUAGGGAAGGGUACCCUGCUGGGGAAGGGUACCCUGGUGGGGAAGGGGGCGGGUACUACCCUGAGGAGGCUGCCAGGGCCGAGGAGACCACCGAGGCGGAAGCGGAGACGGCGGCGCGGCAGGGCGCGGCAGCGGCGGCGACGGCGGUGGCGGCCGCGGCGGCGGCGGAGCAGGCGGCGGCGGAGGCGGCAGAAGCGACCGAGGCAGCCGAGGCGGCCGUGCGGGGGCGGCUGGCGAAGGCAAAGGUGCACACGAUGCGUUUGGCGAUGGCUGCGAAGCUGGCGGCGGCGGAGGCGGAGAGGGUGGCGGCGGAGGAGGCGGCGGCGGCGGAGGCGGCGAGGGCGGCGGCGGAGGCGGCGGCGAGGGCAGAUGCGGCGGAGGCGGCGGCGGCGGCGGCGGCGGCGGCGGAGGCUGAGGCGGAGGCGGCAGAGGCGGCGGCGAGGAGAGCUGAGGCGGAGGAGGCGGCGCGGCAGGCGGCGGCGGAGGAGGAGCUGGCCCGCGAGGUCGAGGAGGCGCUCGCCGCGGAGCUGGCGAGGGAGGAGGCGGAGGAGGCUGCUGCUGCUGCUGCUGCGGCGGCGGCGGCGGCGGCGAGGCAGGCGGCGGCGGCGGCGGAGGCCGCGGCUGCUGCUGCUGCGGCGGCGGAGGAGGCCGAGGCUGCUGCUGCGGCGGCGGCGGCGACGGGGGCGGAGGAGGAGGCGGCGGCGGCGGCUGCAGAGACGGCGGCGGCGGAGGCUGGUGUCAAGGACAAGCUACCAGAGCAGGCGGCGGCGGCAUCUGCGGCCGGCGGCGACGACUGGGGCGAGAUGGACGAUGGCUGGGGGUCUCCCGCCGUCAUGUCUGUCGGUUCGGAGACCAACUCGGCCAAGGGCCACUUCUCCGACUCGCGCACCCUCCACUCCCAGCACUCGAUGUCGACUGCGACUCCCGCCAGUCGCGCCACGCCGGUCGCUGCGCAGGGCAGCGACGAGAGCAACGGCAGCAACGGUAGCAACGGGUGGGACGACGAGUCGUGGGGCAAGGAGUGGUGA